UCAAAAUCUGCUGUUUUUCGUGUAUUUACGUUAAUCAGGAUUUUUUUUAAAAAUUAUUUAGGAAAUUUUGAAGAAGCGUUUUAGCUUAUUGACAUUUCUAAUAGUUUUGUUAUUUGUUAAGAAUAAAAGUUUCCAUCAAGUAUUAUAGAAAAUUGUUUGGAAGCAUAAAUCUCCGAUAAUUGCAUGUCAAACCAAACAAAACGUAGUUCAUUGCGGUUGGUUUGUGGGUUGUGAUUUUAGUUAAGUUUUCAAGUUGUUUGUCAUGGAGAUUAAAUAUUUUGACAAUACUUUCAUUAAAAGUUACAAGGUGGUUUUGUUGAGUGCAAAGACAGUAUUGGUGAUUAAUAAAGCAAUGAAAACUAUUUAAUUUGAUGUGUAAUAAAUAUUGUGAGGCCGCUGAAAAUGGCGUCCGACAAUGAAGCUUCUUGUGAUAAUGAUCCAAACUUUGCAGUUAUUUGCGGUUUUCUUGAAAAGUUUGGUAUAACAUGCGGAUUGUCGGACAUAGACUUUCUAGACUUACAGGAAAUGCUUGAAAACACACAAGAAGUAUCCAAAUACUUGGUGGACAUGCAUGUGAAACUUUUAAGAAAAAUUCGAAAGUCAGUUACUGCAGAACGUUGGGAAAGGAGUUUAGUAAAAUUCUGCCAUGAAUUUAGCAGUAAGGAUGCUUGGGAAAUCGAACGAUUUGGAUAUAAAAAGGCUAGACUCUCAUCUAAACUUCGUGUGCUCAAAGAACUUCUGGAAAUGCAGUUUGACUACAACACCAAAUUUAAAAAUGAAGUAAAUAAAUUAUCUGCAGAAGAAUUGCGUUGUCAGCCAUUGGGUAGAGAUCGAAAUGGUUGUGCUUAUUGGUUUCAAACUGAUGAAAAUUGUCAAAUUCGCGUUUAUAAAGAAGAUAUUGAUGAAGAAACCUGGAGUCUCAUUGCAAAAGACCGUAGUGAAUUAGUGCAGCUUAUAAACAAGCUGUCUGAUAACAAGUCUUCAGUGGCUGCAUCAGCGUCAGCAUCCGCUUCUGACGCCGUCACAAAUGAGGACAGCACCAGCUUGGAGAGUGAUAAAUUGGGUACUGAAGACAUCAGUAACAUCAAUGGCAUUAAAUUAUCUAAGACAUCAGAAGGAAAGGAUGAUUACGAAGAUGAUGAUGAAGACUGGGAUCACAAAAAAAGUGACCAGUCUCCUGUGAAGAUGUGCUCGAUCACUCUCAAUAAAAUUGAUAAAAUUAGUGAACAAAAGGACAAACAAACAAAUGAACCUGAAAAAUCAACCAAACGCGAAAUAGAAGACAAACAAAUUUCGAACGACAACUCAAACGAUUAUGAUGAGACGUUGUCAGAAAAUGGGAAAAACAAAGGAACAUCUGAUCCAAUGAAGCCCUUGACGAUUGAAAUAGAAGACAGUAAUUCUAAUAAAUCUGCAGGGGAAUUUGCUUACUCCCAAAACAAUUCCACAAACGAAGAACAAACUGAUGACGUUCUAUCAACGAAGAAUCGUCAAGAAAAUCAAGAAGACCACCCGCCGUUGACCAUCAAACCGAUUAUUAAUCUGCGAAUAAAACCGAUUACAGAACUUCUAUCCCCUAAUCACCUGGAACAGAUCACUAUGCAUACAGUGGACAGUGCCGCAAAUAUAACCGAAUUCGGUCGGGGUCCAUCGACGUACGUUGCACCACACGCGCUACAUUACCGUAAACGGAACCUCCCCGACGCGGAAGAUUCGUUGGGCGAAGAUCCAGUGAUGAUCAAAAGGACUCGCCCGACUUUAUUACGACCGAAAAAGUUGCCACCUAAUUUUAUUGAAGUGGAUGAUGCUGUGGACGAGCCUGUUAUAUAUGUAAUGGGUGAGGGUUCAGGCAAUGAAAAUGAGGGCGUUCCGGAGGGCGAGGAGUCUCCCAUUGUGGGCGAAGUGGUAGAAGAGCCAGUGAUGUAUUUUAAGGGCGAAGGUACUGGUACGGAAUGUGCAACGGGAAACGAAAAACAGGACGACGACCAGCAACGAACUACUUCUGAUGAUAGUGUCGAUGUCAAGGAAAAAAUGGCGAAAAGUUCAAUAAAUGAGGCUAAAACACCUAGCGAGACGACUCACUCAUUGAAACAGGAAUUUAAGUUAGGGACGAUAUUUGACACAAAGAUUGACAAAUCUUCAGGUGCGCGAAUCCCCGUUAAAAACUCCAGAUGGGACAUGGGCAAACCAACAGGAGGUGACCCUACGGUUGUAACACAGUGCAAUAAAAGUGAAAACGAUCACAAAACUCAGUGCGAAAGUACGUUGAAUUUGUGCGGAGUGAGUGAUACGAAGAACGUAACCGAAGAAGUGCCCCAAUCUAUUAUGCCUCCGCCAAUUAAGAAACCUGUAUUCUUCUUUGGACCGGGUAGCUUAAAAAUAUCGCCGACAAUAAGUCCUAUAAGAUCGAAAUUAAAUUGUAAUAAAGUGUCCUCUUCAAGUGAAAGUCAAACCAACCAAAAACUGCCCCCCACAUUGAAUACAAAGGAAGAAAAACAACUUCAAAAUAAGUUCACAACUACUAAAGAGUCGUCUUUAGAUUUUUCCGCGCAAAUUAAAUAUAUUGGUAAUGCUGAAGACUCCUCUCCAGAUAUUACUGAUUUCACCGUAAAAGAAUCAAACCCUAACAAGCAAGAGAAUAAUAGCAAUUUAGUAAAUAAUGACAGCAAAGUAAAUGUUUCAAUUGAAUCUUCAUCUACCAAAGAAGUUUCCAAUAUUGAAAAAAUACAAAAAUUAGUAAACAGUGAUGAAGAAAUUCCACAAGCAGCUGACAUUGUACAAACAGAUACCCAGGAAGAAGAAGUGGAAGUUUAUAAUAAAAUCCCCGUAGAAAGUGAAGAUAAAUCUGUGGUUGCAGGUGUAGAUGUCAUAGUUCCUAUUAGUGAUAAUUUUGAAGAAUGUACAGAUAAUGUAGAGAAGUUCGAAAACUGUAAACAACUGACUAGAAAAGAUUUAGAAAAUGUUAGAGCAGUAGGUGUAAAGGAAACAGCCGAGAAAAAAGAUGAACUAGAAGUCCAGCAAGUAAUAGAACAUAAUAACAAAAUUGGGGUUAUUCCUUUAAAGGUUGUUGAAGGUAGUGGUAAUCCUGAGGAAAGAUCAGUUGAAAUAUUUAAAGAUGACAGUAGACAACUUCAAACAGAAGAAAAAAUAUUUGAGGAUGUUGGUAAAAUCUCCCAAGUGAAAGACAAAAGUUUGAGAAAUACUACUGAAGAAAUCACUGAAAGUGUAGUAAGCGACGAAGUAAACAAAGAAUUUCAGGACAAUGAGCAUUUUAAAGAACUUGAGAAUGUUGAAAGUACUGAUGAUAAGCUGAAAAAAGAAAAAAUAAAAGACGUAAUUAAGGACAGCAGUGAGUGUCUUUCAAAAGAAGUUAAUAUGGUAGAUAGUAUAAUUGAAAGUAGCAGUAAACAGCCUUUAGAAAAACAUGAAAAAGACAGUGAUGUAAUGGAUACUAAUGAGAAAUCACAGGUAAAAAAUAAAAUAGUAAAUGAUGAAAUUGAGGAAAGCAGUAAAAUGUUUCAACAAGAAAAUGUAAUAAGCACCACAGUUAAAGAAAAUUUAGACGUUUCUAAACAAAAAGAAGUUGAAGAAUCAGAAUCUGCAAGAGAAAACGAAGCAACUGAAUGUAUACAAUUAAAUGAAAAGCAGCUCAAAAAUGAGCCAGUAAAAGAACUUCAGAAAAUAAGUAAAAAUGAGUUUAAGAAUAAUUUGCAAAAAGAUGAGACUUUAUGUUCUGAAAGCCAAAAAUUGCCUAAAGAAGAUGGUCACCAAGCAAUACCAGUUUAUUCUCAAAAACAGGAAAUAGAUGAAAGGGAUCAAAAUGUGGAUACAGAAAAACUUAAAGAGGAUGCAAUAACAGAAAAGGAGGAAUCUAAGGACUACACAAUUGAAGAUUCAGUUAAUAAAACAUUACCCUUAAAAAUACCAGAGUGUACUGAAACUGGUAAGAUAGAACCUAAUGAGACAAUAAUUAAAGAAAGUAAACAAGAAAACAUUUUAAUAAAACAGCAGGAAACAAUAAUAUUAGUACAACAAGAAGAAUGCAAACACAAAGAAGAAAUGACUCCUUCAAAUUUCGAAAAGCCUUUGGUUAAUGAGAAAGUAUCUUUAGUUACCAAUGUCGAUACUCAGAAAAUUUAUGACGUCGAGCUAGAGACGAUGAAAGAAGACAAAACAGAUUUGCAUUCAAACAAAUCAAAAGAUGCUGAAAAAAAGGAAGAAAAAAACAAAUUAAUUACUGAAAUGCCAGACAAAACUGAACAAAAAGAAAAAAGAAUUUCAGAAAAGGUUGAAUUACAUACAAAACAAAUAGCAAAACUCCCACAGAAAAAAGAACUUCAGCAAAUUAGUCAAAAAGACGUAGAAAUUACAGAGAAAAGUAGACAUAGGAAAUCAUUAGAUAAAAAUUUUGACGACAUAGAAUUAAUUCCAACAACUCAUAGCGACAAAUUAGAACGUAGUAGUACAAACUUAGUUAAGUUACAGGAAUCUCAAGACGAUAGCAAAGAAGACCCUGCAAUAAAAGAUUUGAUUACAACCGAAAAAGUUAGUGAUUUAGAAACAUUACGUCAAAGGUCGGAAAUAACAAUUAGCAAAGUUCAAACAUCUCUUGCUAAAACCAGGCAUAAUUCUUUGAGAAACAUCGAAAAUAACGAAAUGGUAACAAUAACACCUAGUAAAAAGCCGAAAUUGUUCGACAGCUUUGAAUUGAAUGAAAAAAGUAAAACACUAGAGAAUAUAGAAUCUGUCUGCAAUAUCGAAACGCAGCGCACAACCAAAUUGGAGACCACUAAAUCUGAAUUACAUCAAACGGACGAUUUAAAAAUUGCUGGUACUAAAGAAAUUGGUAAGGCAAAAAAGGAGGAUGAUUCUGAAUCUUUAGAAAAGGAUGAUAAAGAAGUUGCUGAAUUACCAUCUCUAAAAGAUAUACAAAAACAAAUUGUACCAAGUGCCAUGGUAGAAGAUGAAGCACAAAAGGAGGUUCAGCCACAACCUAAAAAAACUAGCAGCGCAGUUGUCGAAACAAAGAAAAACGUUAAUGUUAAAGCUGAUCUAAAAGAAAAACAACAAAAUACAGAUCCCGUUGUAGAACCACCUUGCGUUAAAAAAUCCGUACCCUUAUUAACUCAUGUGGAUGUAGACGAAUUAAAUGAACCAACUGAAACUGCUUUUAAAGAUGCGGAAUCACUCGUGGAUUCCGACAGUGACAUCUUCGAAGUUGCUGAACAGGAUCCAUUAAUGGUUUCUGACAAAGAGGAAGAAGCUGAAAAAGAGGAAGAUACUUCGAUCCCUGUCUCAACUCCGUUGACUUUCAAUUCAUUCCAACUUGAUUUUAAUGAUUCUCCCACACCAUCGCCCCCACCUGCUAGGAUACUUACAAGAAAUCGUAAAAGAGUUGCUGAACAGAGUAUUGAUUCCCUAAAAGAAAUCAAAAAACAGGAUGAUGCAAAACGUACAAAAUUGAAAGGAAAACGUGCUGCGAACAAAGAUUUGCGGCGUAUUGUAGAAGAACAAAAGAUGCAACCAGCUAGUAGCAGUGAAGAAGGAGGUAAUGAGGGUGAGGAGGGUGGCGAACAGGAAAAAAGUGAAGAAAAACCGACGUCUAAGAAAAAGCUUGGUAGACCCAAAAGAGAAACUAAAUUACGUGCAGCGAAAACUGAAAGCCCAGCGAUUAGUAGCGAUGUUAAUUCAGAGAACUCAAGGACAGAUGCAUGUACUACUCCACCACCUAGUAAGAAAGGCAGGCCCAGAAAGAAAACACUUCUGGGUUUGGAGAUCCCUGAUAACUUUACAAAUAGCCACGAAGAAUCCACAGGAUCUGUUCGAACGUCACGCCGUAUUGCCCAAAUCAAAAUUAAAGAAGAGGCUGAAAGGAGAAAGUUGGAAGAAGUUGCUUUAAAGGAUGAAAAGGGCAAAGGAAAGAAGAAAGGAAAAAAACUAGAGGAAGAUAAGGAUUAUAAAACUCACAAAAAGCAACAAAAAAAAGCAAUCAUUCCCGAAGAAGAAACAACGGUUAUGAGCGUGGAAUCUGAAAGUAAAAAGAAAAGGAAGAAACGAAAGGCUGGAAUGGUUUUUUCUCGUAAACUUUAUGAACAAACGAAUCCGUGGAAGUACAGUAGCGAUGACAGUUCGGAAGAAGAAAAUGAAGAGGAGGAAGAAUAUGAAGAAAUGGAACCUAGCGAGGAAGAACCGCUGUUUAAAUCCGAUCAUGAAUUCUCUCCAGAGAGCGAUCUAGAAGGAGAUGGAGAAGUACAACCAUUAAAACGAGCUAGAACCGUUAAAAAAGAAUCAGACGUUGAUGACGAAAUCGACGACACAAAUUGUCAAAAAUGCGGCAAAUCAGAUCAUCCUGAGUGGAUACUGUUAUGUGACAAAUGCGAUAACGGCUGGCACUGUUCUUGUCUCCGACCAGCACUCUUUGUAAUUCCUGAAGGAGACUGGUUUUGCCCUCCCUGUCAGCAUAUCAGUCUCGUCGAAAGUUUGGAAAACAAACUGAUCGAAUUCGACAAACGACUCAGCAAACGAGAAAUGGAAGUGAGAAGGAAAGAACGACUGGCUUACGUUGGUAUUAGUUUGGACAACGUAUUACCAGCUAAGGAAGGUUCUGAAGAACAUCACCAUCACAAGAAAACAAAAAAACAGGAUCAGGGUUCUGACGAAGAAGAAGAUGAAGACGGUGGUAGGUCCACCGGGGGUACAAGCUCAGAAACUUCUUCCACUUCAGAUGAUAGUGACGAACCUAUUUAUCAGUUACGGCAGAGGCGACAAGCACAAACCUACAGAUUUAAUGAUUACGACGAUCUUAUCAACUCGGCAAUCGGGGAAGAAAUGGAGUCAGUGAAGGGAGCUGGAAAUCAAGGCAGAGGAAAAGAUAUAGCCACCAUUGUAAACGCGAAUAAAGAAGAUGCUGAGAAACGAAAGUUGGAGAUGCAAUUCGAUGAAAGACCUCCGGUUGUACCUCCAGAAACACAUUCUAAAAAUGACGAUGACGAAGAAGACGAUGAAGAAGUGGUAAGACCCAAAACGAGAACAUUUAAGGGCAGAAAGAAAUCAAGAAAAUUGAAUAGUUUAGAUGUUAGUUCUGAGAAUUCUGACUCGGAUGAAGAUUUCAAAGGAUCAAGUUUGGAAGAGGAGGAAGAAGUCGAUGAAGAUUUCGAUUCCGAUAGUAGCGCUAGUAGAAGAGGCAGGGCUGCACUAAGGAGAUCAACUCGAGCCCGGACAGCAAGAUAUGACAAAGAUUUUAUAAAUGAUGAAAGUGAAUCAGACGAAGAGGAAGAAGCGCCAAGUCGUAAAAAAAUUCGUUCUAUCUGGGACGAGUCCCAAUCAGAAGAUAGUGAUAAGUCUUGGGGGCGGCGUAAAAAAUCUAAAAGAUCUUCGUUUAAAUUACCGUCGUACAAACCAAAGAAAUCAAAAAAGAAGAAGAAGAAGAAAAGCUAUUACGAUGAUGAAGAUUGUUAUCGGAAGAAACCUAAAAUAAAAUACGGCGGCUUGGAUGACGAUGAAGAUAAUUUUACAAAAGGUCGAAGAACUAGAGGGAAGAAAAUUAAUUUUCUUGAAGCUCUUGGGACAGACAGCGAAGAAGAGAGCCGAAACAGAAAAUCUACUCGUAAAAUCGAAGAAAGCGAAGAAGAGUAUGUGGCUAACGAAGACGAAGUAGGCGAAGAUUCAGAACUGGAAAAGGAUGAAAUAAUCGAAGAAGACGACGAAGUCGAAGACGAAUUGGCUAGUAAACUAAAAAAGAAACGCAAAAAUGUGAUAGAAGAUUCAGAAGAAGACAGCUCUGAAGAAGAGAAAAAAAAAGAUGUAUCAAAGCAUGAACCGUCACUGCAAGAAACUGGCAGUUUUGAAGUGUUGAAAGAAGCAACUGAAAUUUCGAAUAAUAACACAAAAGAAGGGAACAAUUUGGUACAUAACUCUAACGAAAAACCUCCUCUUAGUGAUAAAAUUGUUUCGAACGAAACCAUACCUGUCACCACAUCUGUAUCCGUUAACGAUUUUCAACCUGACAUGUCGACAAACAUUCCCGCAAAUCAAUUUCCCGUGGACUUAAAAGCACCUCCGUCAAAUCUCCUUGAUCCUAAACAUGCAAGAUUUGAUAAUGCGCCCUUUAUUACUCAAGCUGUCGCUCACCAGCAACACUUACCUCAAGAUUUGAGCAAAGAAUCGGACAUGUUGCCGUGGGGCGCUAAUCAGGGGCGCCAUUUUGUUGCCGAAGACGAACAAAGCAGUUCAGUCGAUGAAAUCAACAGGAAUUUUGAUGACAUGAAUGAGGAAGAAAUGGAAAAGAUGAUGGAGGAAGAGGAAUUCGCAAAUGAACAAUUAAAAUUGGUUGCUUUGCAAAUCGAAAAGGAAAAACAAAGGAAGAAACGCGAAAAGUCAGGUGGCGAGGAACCGAAAACGCCAAAGAAAAGGGGAAGAAAACCGAAGGCAGCUUUAGGUGCAUGUGGUGGAGGUAUUAUCGAGAUGGGGCCUUCAACAAAUCCGAACAUAAUUGGCGGACCAUCACUUCAAGCCUCACCUUCAAGUGGUGUGUUAACUAGAGCAACACAGUCAGCACCUCUAUCGUCAAACAUUGGACUUCCACCUGCAACCAUUGCGACGUCAACAUACCCGAGCGUCUCUUCGAUUUCGCCGAUGAUUCCCCAAUCAAUUAUAAGGACUUCCAUUUCCCCUUCACCAUCUCCAUAUGUAACAUUAGAACCAAAAGAGAAUGAAGAAUUGUCAGAACCUCCUGGCGCUACCAUUCCUCUAUUUAGCGAAAUCUCACCCAUGAACGUGACUCCAGAAGGAACUCCUAAAAAACGUCGAGGUCGGGGCAAAGGCAAGAAAACGUUAGCUAAAGAACAAGCAGCAGCUGCUGCUGCUGCAGCCGCGGCCGCAGCGGCGGUAGCAUCAAGCAGUUCCAUGAGUGGCAAUGAAACAAACAGUUCCACCCCUAGCAUCAUCGCUUCUGGAACACCUGAUCAACAGCAAAGCAGUGUCAGUUCUUAUCCCACAUCGAAUCCAAAUCAGUCCACUAAUUCGCCAAUAUUGACCAGUAAACUGACGGUAGCGGCACCCCCUCAACCCUUUGCACAGAGUCAGCCCGUGCCCUCAGUAAUCACAAGGAUGUUGCAGCAGCAUAAUAAUAAUCCUAAUUAUUCUCCUUCACCAAGUAAGAUGUACGGGACACCACCGGCUGGCGAACCACCCCCUAUUUCGUCAGGAUCUAAUACUUCGUUACCCACUAAUGGAAUUCCUGCAUCUACCGCUCCUUCGACGUCUCUACAGAGAUCAACGCCGUCUCAAACUUCUGGACCGUACCAUUACACCAAUAACGGACCGAGAGGAGGUCCGUAUGUGCAACCACCUCCAUCGUCAUCACCAUACCCAGUCCCAAGGGUUCCUCCUUUAGCGUCUCCACAUCGAUUGCAACAACCCCAAGGCCUUCCUCCACCUAUGUAUCACUCGCAUCUCAUGGAUCCGUCUCCGUCAGGCGGGGGACCCAUCAACAUUCCCGGUCCUAACCAACAAGAACGAAACUCGACCCCAGUACUUCAGCCGCCCGUUUCCGGCGCAACAGUUCUUAAUAAGUCAGACCAACAACAAGCUACAGCGCCGCCGCCUCUUUCUUCGCAACAAUCUGCGUUGCCUUCUUAUUCGCGUCCGCCAGUUGGUCACUAUACUGCUGGCGGACCGAUAAGUACCGCCCCUUCGAUGCUCUCUGCUCCCCCGAGGUUUGUGCAACAACAACAGCAGCACUUGCCCCACCGGCCCCCAACUGCUGCCCCUGGUAUGCCACCACCGCCACCAUUUCACCCUUCUACUUAUCCUUAUGGAGGACCACCAUACGCACCGAUACCACCACCAGAAGAAGCUCAACCUCCUGAUGGUUAUCAAGGGUCACCGUACACAGAACCCUACGGAGGAGAGAACGCUCCUUUACCUACAUCAGACAGCAGUAAUAGCAGACCCUAUGAUGAAGAGGUAGGAGGAGAAUUUGGGGGUUUGGUGUCGUACUUUUCUAGCCAGAGAGAAGAUGAUCUCGAAACUUAAAGACGACUGAGGAACUUAAUAAGAAGAAAGAAAGUUUUUCGAUUGCUUUUGUUUUUGUGUACCAGCAACAAAUACAGGACGAACUAUUAUAAACAAAAAGUUAAUAUGUAGUUUACGCGUUGUAUCUACAUAUUUUACAUGAACGGUAUAUAUAUAUACAAAAUAAUAAGUAAGUAAACAGUUAGAUUCAUAGAUAGGACUAACUUAAAAGAAAUUAAUAAAUAUACAUAAAUAAUAUAUAUCGAUUUGUACGAAUGAGGUAUUUAUGUUUUGUAUGUGAUUCGUUUUGUGUAUCGAAAGAGGGUCGAGUGAUGAUUUGUUUCCUUUAUACUAAUUAUUGUGGACGAUUAUUCAAAGUUUAUAAUUGCAUUUUUCAUUUCUUUGUUUAAAAAUAUUUUAUUUAACGAACAUAAUGUAUUUAUGAUGUGUGUAAAUAUGGUCGUUCAAAUAAUAAUAAUAUUUUAGUUGUGUAUAAAUGUAAAUAAGAUGAUACCACUACGAUGUAUCUUUGAAAAUGUAAUAGAUGCUACACAUUAAGAUUUUUUUAAAUGUCGUUUGUUUUUUAUUUGA